CCAGCCAAAAACACUUGUUGUUCUCCUGCUUCCUUUCCAACAAAUAAUUUUCCUUGGCACACUGGUAGGGAAAGAUGACAGUGAAAGGCGUUGUCGUCGCUUUUAUAUCAACCAGCUCAGCUGCGAGGAGCACUGCGUUGCUCUGCUACAUGCUAGACUGUUAGCGGUCUGUAGACUUAGUCAUGAAGUAGCGAUGGUGACGAUGGCUGCUGGCGGGUCCUUCAUGUCGUCCAGAACUACUUGAGACUACUCUCGUUGCUGAGUGCUAUACUCAUGGUUUGGUCGUACGGAGCCCCCUCUGCUCACAGCAUGGUGGAUCCGUCCGUGCCGCUCUGGCACUUUCGCUCAGCUGAGUUGCGUGCUCAACACAACAAUCUAUCCACUGCUUGCUAUACACUGGUCGACCGGUGCAACGCCGGUUCGCUAGUAAUAGCGUUCCCUGUAUCAUGUGUAUGUGAACGCACCGUCGACGUCCGGCACGCUAGCGACCCAGUUCAGCUCGGCCAUUCCACGCUAGUCGAUGGACGGCACGAAACUUACUGACGGUCCUAGAUUGCGUAGAGGCGACACAGUACGUACAGCGCGGUGAGAUACACCGGUUCAGCUGUGAGAUUCAGAUAGACCCAUCCUUCCCGGCCUCCUCACAGCCCACCGUGGUAUGGGUAAAGGGUGGACAGGGCGACGGGAAUGCUGCAGAUUUCCAGCCAAUCGAGGACGUACUGCCCGAAUUCGACAUCCCAAAUGCCACGUACCCAACUGAGAACACAGUGCGUGGUGAAAUGGAAGGAGAGUUCACCAACACCAGCGCAUUUGGCAACUAUGAGGCACGAUUCACAGACGCCACGGGCAGACUGUUUCACACGGCCAUGUUCACUGUUGUGGAAGCAAGUGUGCCAGAGUCACCUCGCCCUCUGGAGAACUCUGCAUUCCAGUCGGUGAUCAAGCUGGAAUGGCAGUCCAUUACUAGUCAACCACCUGUAACUAAUUAUGAGAUUGAGUUCCGUAAAGUAUCCCGUCUGGAUAACAGCACGUCUGCGUGGAGGACUAAUAACAACCCGGCCAGGCCAAACCCCUUUCAAAUUGCCCUCUUCAGUACGGUAUCACCGUUUUCAAGAUACCAGUUCAGGAUGCGCGCGCAGAAUGCAAUCGGCUUCAGUGACUAUUCAGGCAUACUCGUCGUCGAGACACUGCCAAAUUCCCCUAAGGCACCGGUACGUCUUCAGGUUGUGAACACGUCUCAGACCACAGUGACUCUACAGUGGCAGCUUUCCCCAGAACACCGGGAGAGCGAUGGCAUCAUAGAGUUCUACACGGUUGUGUACGAUACAGUCAACAGCACACAGAGUGGUGGCAAGCAAGAGCAACCUGUGCAAGUACCCAGAGUCAACAACAUCACCAUAGCAACCAUCACAGGUCUGACGAAGGGGACGGAGUAUGAAUUCCGAGUGAAAGGAUCCAACGGUCCUUACCAGACACCUCUGUCAAGUCCACUUCGGGUGAUGACUAAUAGCUCAGUCCCAGGUAACUACAGCUCGCUGAGCGUUGCUGCCAUCGGACAUAACUUUCUUCUUCUGGAGCUAGGUAACAUCGAUGAUGGCGGCUCACCACUAACAAAGCUCAUUCUGCACCGCCGAACAUCUAGAUUUGGUGUUGAGAGUGGUGAAUGGAUAUUGCACUCCACCAUCAUAUCUCCUGGUGAAGCCAGCCACGUCAUGGUUAGUGACCUGAGGGAGAACGCAACGUACCGCUUCCGUCUCAAUGUGCACAACCAGAACGGUAAAGGCAGACCGGCAAGCUUCACUGACCUCAUCACAACACUGGUACAGGAAGAUGUCAGUGACGUUGCCAAUGUCUCCUUUACCAAAGUCAGCCCGUUCUCGUUUCACGUGCACUGGCCGUCAGCCGAGUGCCCCACUAGACGCUCGCCAGUGGACGAGCGUUUCCGCACGAUGCGGAGCGAGUAUGGCGUGUGUACCCAUGACGAUGUGCUGAAUGCGGUCCGGCCGGUGCUGGGCUACGCUGUACAGUACAGACUCAAAGGUUCGUCAAAGUGGCUAGUGUCAGCCGCAGACCUCGCCGUUCUAACGAGUGCUGGCAGCAGUCUUGAUCACAUAAUAGGUCAGCUGCUAGAGGACACAGAGUAUGAAGUGCGAGUGCUGGCACGGGAUAUCUAUGGACCCAGUCCAGGCAUGGAGGUAUUCACUGUCAGGACACACAAGGGCACACCAUCGCGGCCACGCAUAGUCAAGCUAGAACAAGAUGGCGGCCGUGUGGUUGUACACUGGGAACUGCAAGCACCCGGAGACAACGAGUAUCCCGUAUCCACCAUCUAUGCCAAGCUAUUGGAUUCUGAGGGUAAAGUUCUUAAUCGCACUGAGAUAGCGGUGCGUCAAGGCUCACUAACUGGCACAGCACCUCUAGCUGGUCUACUGGCUAACCUACAGUACACGGUGGUGCUGGAAGGCAAGAACACGUUUGGACAGGCCACUGUCUCGCAGCAAUUCAAAUCGUCAGCGGAUGCGCCACCAUCGGGUACACCACCACCGGAGAUCCACAUCCACUCCACACGCAAGCCGUCGUCGCUAUCGCAGACUAAUCUCAUUAUCAUCAUAGUAGCUAGUGUACUGGCGCCGACCUUGCUGCUCGUACUCAAUCUCAUCAUGAUCUGUGCGUGCAGGCGGAGACGCGACCUGAACAGAAAGCGUGUGUGGAACGUAGAUAAUGUCACGCCACCACCACCGGCACAACCAUCACCUCCCCCGCCUGCAUGGUCGAUGAGUGCCGACAACGUCUCAAAGGUGGACCCUGCCGUGCCACCUGGUCUGGCUCAACGCAGUGCAUGGGAUAACCGUGUUCACACGCAGUCUGGAUUUGAGAGCACCACCAGUCUACCUGCCAUCAUGGAUACCCAAGAUAGGCGUGGAUUAGCCGAUCUUGAUGAAGAGACAGCGCACGCCUCAAACAUACCUACCACGUUCACCAGCUUUGGCGUCGACAGUCCUGAGCACCUACCACCGCCUCCGCUUGUCACGUCAUAGAGCUGAGCUACGCUUGAAUAGCUAGAACAAGUUUUAAUACACUACAAACAAAGUUUACCAACUAAAAAAUAAAAUCAAGUGUUCAUGUACAUAAUUAUAUCUAACGUGCUCUCUAAACUCGGCUAGCUGUGCAUCUAAUAUUAUGUGCUGUUUGUGUGAGUACAGUGUUUGAUUUUGUUUGUAUGCGAGUCCUCAUCAUCAUCAUUAUCCUAUGCACAAUGGUGCAUGUUGCCACCACACUAUUGGUGUUGAGAUAAAAAGUAACAUUGA